AUUCUUAGACUUGGUCUCGUCGCAACUUACCACACCAGAUCUUCGAAGUUUUCAACGUGACCUCGAGCACACCAAAGACCAGUCUGAAAACCUUUGGAUUCGACAGCGCUUGUUGGGAAGUGUUACAUUGUAAUGAGGUUUCACGAUAAAAAGAAGCGUCGGUAUCGUCAAUCAUGACCUGUCUUGAACAGUGAACACUGAAGACAUUUUAUUCAGACACAGUCAACGUGUUCCACAUUCUCAAAGUUAGCUUGCAACCCCGACACAUAUAAAUUCCAUCCGAAGCAUCAACCAGAAGUGCGGCUUCUUCUGUCGACUGACUGUGCGCUGCUAGCAGUGGUGGAUUUCAUUCGGUCGAAAGAAUUUCGCAAAGGCAGAGAAAACAACAAUGGCAAAGGCAUGUGCCGUAUGGAGUUCUUGGCUUGUGAUGACCCUCCUUGCAACGGGUUUGCUUCCGAGAAUUGCACGAGCAGUCGUUUAUCCCACCCAUCCGCACUUGUCUGAGGGAUAUUACGACACAACUUGUCCACUGGCGAAAAUCGAUGUCUGGAACGUUUUAGUCCAACAACUGGCUCUCAACAAAAAUCUACCGGCACAGCUCGUUCGACUGUUCUUCCAUGAUUGUUUCGUGAGGGGGUGUGACGCAUCGAUAUUGAUAGAAUCAACAGCGGGCAAUGUGGCAGAAAUCGGAUCUCGUGCAAAUCUAAAUUCGAUCAAGGGUUUCGAUGUCAUAGCCAAAGCGAAAUCAAAGGUGGAAGCAGACUGUCCUGGUAUCGUUUCCUGCGCUGACAUCAUUGCUCUCGCCGCCCGCAAUAUACUACAAAUGUCGAGGGGUAUUUACUUCCCGGUUCAGCUCGGGCGUAAAGACGGCGUUGUGUCCAUUGCAGCUGAAGCUGAUGCAAACCUUCCCAGCCCUUUCCUCAAUUACACACAGCUCGUGACGAGCUUCGCUAACCAGGGGCUCUCUGAGAAGGACAUGGUGGUUCUGUCAGGGGCGCACACAUUUGGAGUCACACAUUGCACCGUGAUUUGGCCUCGCAUAUGGGCUUUCUCAUCGACAGUGCUGACCGACCCAGCUCUCAAGGCAUCACAUGUGGCCAAGCUCAAGGCGCUGUGUCCGUUCGACCAACCUGACAGUCAGACGGAAGUUCCUCUGGACUCAAGCGUCGGAGGAAACUUCUUCGACAGCAACUAUUACGACCGAGUUGUGGAUGGCGAAACGGCAUUCGUCUCGGACAGCGCUCUGCUGACGACCCCCUUCGCCGAUGCUCUUGUGAGGGAUUUGGGCGAGUUUACGACAGUGCCUUUCUUCGACGAGUUCGGCUUAGCCAUGGUGAAGAUGGGCCAAAUUAAUGUCCUCACAGGUUCUGAAGGAACUAUUCGAAAAGUUUGUAGUAAAAUAUGACUCUGACUCACAGAAUGCUUCAAUAAGCCUGCACACAUGUAGGAACAAGGUCUGUGAACUGAACUAUCACUAUAGAUUGCAGAAACUGCUGAUUACAGCACAACUUUAUAAUUAACUGGACCUUUGAAGGGCUCAGGUAGUAUUUAUGAGUUCGACGAUAAUUUCUCAUCUAGUCACACCUUGUCUCUGACCUGAUGUCUCUACACUUCACAUCUUCCAUGGCCUUGGCAUUAGUGAGGCCUUCUUCCAGG